UAACAACAUCCCUUCAAAGGGUAUAAAGAAGCCUUCAGCACACAACUCUGACAUUUCAUCCUCUGGAUUAUUCUCACAUACGGCACCAUACCAAAAAAGACGAUACGAUGACUGAUCCAAACAGCUCUAUUGAUGACUUCAAUGAAUUCUACAAUGAGUUCAUUGUAGAGUUCAACUACACAGAUCUCCAGAACUCGACUGAUUAUGUCCUGAAUGAGAAGACGUUGCUUUGCUCCUUCACUAUGGCGGAUGCCGUCAACAUUGCAUUCUGCAUCUUCUAUGUGCUCAUCUUUCUGAUGGCUGUUCCUGGGAAUCUGAUCGUAGGCUGGGUCAUCGCCUCCAACAGAUACUCGCUUUCCGCCUCGGACGUCUACUUAUUCAACCUGAUGCUGGCCGACACGUUACUGGCUCUGAUUCUGCCAUUUUCGGCGGUUUCCAUAAUCCACGGUUGGGUGUUUGGUGAUAUUGCAUGCAAAUUGGUUUACAUGGUGAAGGAAGUGAACUUCUACACCAGCAUUUUGUUCCUGGUGUGCAUCAGCGUGGAUCGCUACAUGGUUAUUGUCAGAGCUAUGGAGUCCCAGAAGGCUCAGAGAAGAUUGUGCAGCGGAGUCGCCUGCGCAUUGGUGUGGGUCUUGGGCUUGGUGCUCUCCUUGCCAUCACUCUACAACGAGGCAUUUUAUGAGCCAGCUUCCAAGCAGACCGUGUGUGCAGAACACUUUGAGACGAAUCACGCCGACGAAUGGCGACUGGCCACGCGUAUCAUGAGGCAUCUGCUUGGGUUCCUCUUCCCUCUGGUGGUCAUGUUGAUCUGCUACAGCAUCACAGUGGAGCGACUCUUGCGUACGCGCGGUUUCCAGAAACAGAGAGCCAUGAAGGUCAUCAUAGCUGUGGUUGUGGCCUUUCUUCUGUGCUGGACCCCCUUCCAUGUUUCCACGAUGGCUGACACCCUCCUGAGAGCCAAAGUGGUUGAAGCCAAAGUGGUUGAGUUCAGCUGUUUCACACGGACGGCGGUGGACAUCGCCAUGUUCUCAACUCAAAACCUUGGCCUUUUGCACUGCUGCGUGAACCCGGUGUUGUACGCCUUUGUGGGAGAGAAGUUCAGAAGAAGAUUUCUGCAGAUGCUCCGUAGAAAAGGCGUUCUGGAGCGGUUCUCGGUCUCCAGAUCUAGUAGGUCUUCUUCUUUGACCUCAGAAGCCACUUCCAGCUUCCUGUGAGCUACACAAUGGACAUCAGUGUAUGACAACUGCUAGACAUUUAGUGCACCUUUUCUUGCUUGCUUGAACUAGAACAACACUUUAUUGUAGAGGCUAAUUGCCAUGGUGAUUUGGCUCCCUCUAUUGGUCAGAAAGAACAACAUCCAUGAUUGGGUGAGAAGUAAACAAGUGCUGCAAUUAAUGAUGAUGUAUUUUUGUAGACCAAAAACUCUUUCCAUUGGCUUUUGAAUUAUUGCAGAAAAUAAGCUCUUUGACCACACAUUUUGUUCAUCAGGAUAAUCAGGAUAACCACUUUUUGAAGGGGGUUUUACUGAUGCAUUUGAUGUUGUAAAAUAAAAUACAAAAAUAUAUUGAGCUUGUGUUAAUUACAGACCUCAUUUCAUUUAUUAAAAAUGAUCAAAUUCGAACUCGUUUUCAGCUUCUGGCCUACAAAAAUACAUAGGUGCACUAUUGCUUGGUUGAGCUUCUAGAGGUUUAAAGAGUCCCUUUUACUAUCGCUCA